AGUAUUGCGUGAUUUUUUUGAUUUUGUAUUGGCUGGUUUUAUUUUGGAAUCGAUUCCAGUUCUGUUAUCGAUUGAUGGGUAUUUCUUUGAGUUUGAAGAGGGUGAAGAGGCAAAGAAUUUAUUAGUGAUGCUGGAGAGUAAUGAAAUGUUUUCUUCUUGA